AUGCCUGAUUAUAAAACAAAAUCAGUUGUAAACGUUAUAAACUAUAAAGAUAAUAAUUGCUUUAUUUGGAGUGUGUUAGCUGCCAUGCACAAGGUUCCACAUCCAAACAGAGUCAGCUCAUAUGAAAGAUACAAGAAUGAUUUAAAUCUAGCUGGAAUAACUUUUCCAAUGAGUUGGUGUAAAAUCAAACAAUUUGAAAAAAAUAACAAUUUGAGAAUAAAUGUAUAUGGCAUUGAUAACACUGAUGAUUUAGAUGAUGAAUCCAAUGAUGAAGAAGGUGAUAGCGUUGAUGAUUCAAAUGGUACAAAUAAGAAAAAAAAAAAGAGACGUCUAGAAAGGAUUGUUCCAUAUUAUUUGAGUAAUAAUGAUGCAUCAAAUCAUCCAACAAUUCAUCUUUUAAUUAUUGAAAAGCCUGAGAAAAAAGUUGAUGGAUUCCAAGAUGAAUCAGCAGAUGAAGAUGAUGAAGAAGAAGAAGAAGAUGAAGAUGAUGAAGAUUAUGAUGAGUAUGAUUUUAAUAAUAUUACAAAUAAAAGAAAACUUGGUGAAUUCUCAAACCAUCACUUUGCCUACGUUAAAAAUUUAUCUAGGUUAAUUAGUGCACAAGUUUCAGCAUAUAAUGGUAAAAAAUUUAUAUGUGAUCGUUGUUUAUCAUAUUUCCAUUCUCAAAAAUCAAUUGAUUCUCACAAUCCUGCAUGUAGAGAAAAAAACCAAUAUGCAAUGGUGAUGCCAACAGAAAAAAACAAUAUUUUAAAGUUUACAAAUUACAAAUACCAGCUUCGAGUGCCUUAUGUAGUAUAUGCUGACCUGGAAAGUAUAUUAGAAAAAGUAACAGAUAAUUCUAAUAAUUCAUUGAAAAAAACAAUUAAACAAAAACAUAUUCCAAGCAGUGUAGCAUAUUAUGUUAAAUGUUCUUAUGAUAAUACGCUCUCUAAAUUUAAAUUAAAAAGAGACAAAAAUUGCAUUGAAUGGUUUAUUAAGGAACUUGAAGAGCUGUCACACAAUGUUGAUAAUAUACUUGAAAAUAUCAAACCGAUGAAUCUUACUUUUGAUGAAGAAUUGCAAUUUUUUAAUGCAACAAAGUGCCAUAUAUGUAAAAAAUUGUUCACAGCAGAAAACAUUAAGGCACGUGAUCACUGUCAUCUCAGCGGGGUGUAUAGGGGGCCGGCUCAUGUUGCAUGCAACCUAAAUUAUCAGACAUCUUGCAUAAUAGCUGUGGUAUUUCAUGGUCUCAGUAAUUAUGAUAGCCAUUUUCUAAUUAAAGCAUUAAAAACAAUUUCCAGGUGA